AUGGCUGGUAGAAAUGAUCGUGCGAUUGCUGAUGCCCUCCAAGCAUUGGCACAAGCUGUGAGUAACAACAAUAGGGCUGAAGUUGCUCCUAACUGGUUGGAGCAAUUUCAACGAAAUAAUCCACCUACUUUCAAAGGAGGAUAUGACCCAGAUGUUGCGAUGAAUUGGCUAAUGGAGAUCGAGAAGAUUUUCAAUGCCACGGAGUGUCCUCUCGCUCAGAAGGUGAGACUGGCUACCUUCAUGUUGACUGCUGAUGCCCAUUUUUGGUGGGAAGGAGCACUUCAAAGGAUGAUUGAUGGAGGAGUGCAAUUGAAUUGGGACAACUUCAAAAGGGUCUUCCUUGAGAAGUAUUUCCCGGAUGAUGUGAGGAGUCAGAAGGAAGUUGAAUUUCUCGAGUUGAAGCAAGGGAAUGAUACAGUGGCAGAGGCUAAGUACAUUAAUUUCGUGAAUGGCCUUCGUCCUGAGAUAAAGACAGCGAUCAAUUAUCAAGAGAUUUAUCACUACUCGACGCUUGUCAACAAGAGUAGAAUCUACGACCGUGACAACCGUGCACGUGCUAUUUUUUACAAGGGAGCUGGAGGUCCUAUGCGUGCUGCAAGUUCUAAUGCUUCGGGUAAAAGUAAGCCUUACUCCGCUCCUGCCAAGAUUCAAGGAAAUCAUGCUAAGAGUAGAUUCGUUGCUGGAAAUUCUUUCGUAAGUGGUGUUGCUAGUGUAGGAGGCUCUGUUUCUACCCCUACUAGUUGUCAGCUGAUUUUGAUUACAUUAUCGACAAGGUAUUACAACGACUAG